CAUCUGCGAAUAUCGGAUUACAAGAUGGCGGUCUGUAGAUGUUAGCGAGGAGGCCGUCAGAGUUGUUGUGCUUUCUUUGCAUUUAACUGUUUUAUCAUCAGGCCUGUUGCUUAGCCCUUUUAUAUCGUACACGUAUUGUGUUUAUGAAGUUGGCCCCAAAAUACAGGAUUGCUGCCGUAAACCGUUAUUAGACGCGCGUGUUUCAUAACAUGCAGGUGAGAAAAAAGUUAACAGGUCGAGGAAAACACUAGACGGGGUGAGCUGGUAGCCUGUUAGCUCCGACUCGGUUAACCAUGUCGGACACUCGGCGGCGGGUGAAAGUGUACACCCUAAAUGAAGACCGACAGUGGGACGACCGGGGCACUGGACAUGUUACGUCCUCGUUUGUGGAACGACUGAAGGGGAUGUCGUUGUUAGUUCUAGCCGAAUCUGACGGUUCAUUACUGUUGGAGUCGAAGAUAAGUCCGAAUACCGCAUAUCAGAAACAACAGGACACGCUGAUUGUCUGGUCAGAAGCAGAUAAUUAUGACCUUGCCUUGAGUUUCCAGGAAAAAGCAGGCUGUGAUGAGAUCUGGGAGAGGAUUUGUCAGGUUCAAGGUAAGGACCCUGCUAUGGACAUCACUCAGGACCCCAUCGACGAGUCGGAGGAAGACCACUUUGAAGAGAUUCCAGAGACCACCCACCUGGUCGAGCUCCCGCCUUGUGAAUUAGGUCGGCUUGAAGAAAUUGCAGAUCUGGUGACUUCUGUCUUGUCCUCGCCCAUUCGGAGGGAAAAACUUGCCCUGGCGCUGAUGAACGAGGGAUACAUCAAGAAACUGCUGGGUCUCUUCAGAGUUUGUGAGGACCUGGACAACCGAGAAGGCCUUCAUCACCUCUAUGAGAUUGUGCGAGGCAUCUUGUUCCUCAACAAAGCAGCCCUGUUUGAGGUCAUGUUCUCUGACGACUGUAUCAUGGAUGUGGUGGGCUGCCUCGAAUACGAUCCAGCUCUGGUUCAGCCAAAACGUCACAGAGAGUUUCUGACCAAGACAGCAAAGUUCAAGGAGGUGAUUCCCAUCACAGACUCAGAGUUGCGACAGAAAAUCCACCAGACCUACAGAGUUCAGUACAUCCAGGACAUAAUCCUGCCCACACCCUCAGUCUUUGAAGAAAACUUCCUGUCCACACUCACAUCCUUCAUCUUCUACAACAAAGUGGAAAUUGUCAGUAUGUUGCAGGAGGAUGAGAAGUUCCUCACUGAGGUCUUUGCACAGCUGACAGAUGAAGCCACAGAAGAAAGUAAAAGACGGGAAUUGGUGAAUUUUGUUAAGGAAUUCUGUGCUUUUUCCCAAACAUUGCAGCCACAAAACAGGGAUGCUUUCUAUAAAACUUUGGCAAAUCUCGGGAUUUUACCUGCUCUUGAAAUAGUGAUGGGAAUGGAUGACUUGCAGGUGCGAGCAGCGGCUAUCGACAUAUUCUCUUACCUGGUGGAAUUCAGCCCAUCGAUGGUCAGGGAGUUUGUCAUGCAGGAACCGCAGCAAACGGAAGAUGAUGUUCUCCUGAUCAAUGUUGUGAUCAAGCAGAUGAUUUGUGACUCUGAUCCAGAGUUAGGGGGCGCUGUCCAAUUGAUGGGUUUGCUCAGGACACUCAUUGACCCUGAAAACAUGCUGGCCUCCACCAAUAAAACCGAGAAGACAGAAUUCCUGGGUUUCUUUUACAAGUACUGUAUGCACGUCCUGACCGCUCCUCUUCUGGCCAAUACUGCGCAUGACAAGAACUCGAAAGAUCAUCCAGAAGGAUCUGCAAAGAUGAAUCCAGUUUGUCCAGACAACUUUCAAACAGCUCAGCUGCUCGCACUGAUCCUGGAGCUUCUCACGUUCUGUGUGGAGCACCAUACCUACCAUAUCAAGACCUAUAUUAUGAACAAAGACCUGCUCAGGAGAGUUCUGGUGCUCAUGAAUUCCAAACAUACCUUCCUUGCUCUUUGCGCGUUGCGUUUCAUGCGCAGAAUCAUUGGUCUAAAAGACGAGUAUUACAACCGCUACAUCAUCAAAGGGAACCUGUUUGAGCCCGUCAUAAAUGCCCUGCUGGACAACGGCACCCGAUACAACCUCCUCAACUCGGCCAUCAUCGAACUCUUUGAGUUCAUCAAAGUGGAGGACAUCAAAUCUCUCAUAGCUCACAUUGUGGAUAAUUUCUACAAAGCACUUGAAUCCAUCGAGUAUGUUCAGACGUUUAAGGGCCUGAAAGGUCGAUACGAGCAGGAAAAAGACAGGCAGAGUCAAAAACUCAACAGAUAUCGCAGAGACGCACGGCCGUUGGACGAGGAUGAGGAGUUGUGGUUCAACGAUGACGACGAAGAUGACGAGGGAGAGACUGUGGAGAGGAGGAUGGACGAAGACUUCUCUGACAGCUAUGAGAAGUUCAUGGAAGCCAAAAAGGGAGCCGCCAACGGAGCCAACAACGCCAAGUCUGCCGCUGUACCACCUGCCUCACCAGCCGUCACUUCGAACAGUUCAUCUUCCUCUGUCAAAACAGUUGUUCUUCCUGCCACUCCUGUUGCUAAGACUGCUCUUGUUGGUUUGGUGGACUACCCUGAUGAUGAGGAUGAAGAGGAAGAAGAAGAAGAGGAGGAGGUGGAGGAGUCUCCAAGAAAGCGACCCCGUCUGAGCUCUUAAGGCUAAUAAUAGUCCUCUCUGGUUUGGCCAUGGUGGGCGGACGUCACGUCCCUCCCACUUCCUUCUCCCCCGGCUUUCUCAGCCUGCCGGUGCCGCCCUUUGGUCCUUCUGAGGUGUUGCACCAAAUGAGAUGAGCCACCCGCCUUUCUCAGUACUGAACUCUGCUCCUUGCUCCCUCUCUGGAAGGAGGUGGAGAGCUUCUCUGGAAAGACAGAUUGCAGUCUGUUUCUGUAGACUGAGUUUCAGUUUAUUUUUUUUUUAAUUAAAAACAAUCCAGUCAGGAAAUCCAAAUCUCUCUUCUCUAAAGGAACCAUCCUUGCUUUUCACUUGUUUUCCUCCACUUUUCCUUCAGCGUUCAGCUGUCAAACAAGCCUUGGUUUAGUCCUAUCCUCCUUUUUUUUCCUCUGUAUUUCUGUCGCUGCAAAAGCCAGGAAGCUUCAGCACAACAACAGUCUUUGACAUCCAUCACCGAACCAAACCGAAGAGACGGCAGAAAACUAAACCCAGCCAGCCAGCACCAACUGUUCAGCUGGCCGUCCAGGCUAGCAGGACUAGCCCUGAGAGCUCGGCUGGCUGGAGCAGAUUGUUUCAGAUUCAGGGCAGCAUAGAAAUGUUAAAUGAAGGGGGGGAGGUGACGAAGCGAAAUGUGGAUGAACACUCAGCUGUGAUGCUGCUGAGCUCCAGUAGAGCAGGACUCAAACGUUAAAAGCCAUGGCAUCAGAAUACAAACACAAUGUUUUGCGGGGCUGUGUUAGCCAGGAGUCCUACAUUUCACAAGUCUGUUGAAAUACUGUAUAUAUGUUUCUCUUUCUACCCAUAUUUCCACAAUGUGGUUUUAAAAAGAGGGAGAUGCCCACCUGCCUUUUUUCUUUUUAUUUUGUCAUAACAGAAAAAGGUGGGGAUCACUGUUCACCCUUCCGUUUGAGUCAGUAUAAACUUCUGAAAAGGUUAAAUGUCAGGUAAAAAAAAAAAAAAUCAAUAUUCGUACUGCAGCAAUGUCACUUUUGAAGACACCAUUUGGAGGAUGUUAGGAUUUUCUUCAGUUUGGGUUUGGUGGCCUUUCUGUAAUCCAGAGCCAAACAUUCUGCUCUGGUUUCAUUUGACCUAAGCUCCACCUUUCUUAAGGCUGAGUAACUCGCCGUUCACACAGAUCACAGGUGCAGAAUUCCCCACUUCAUUGGAGCUGAAAGUCUUUCAUAUCCAUACCAGCUGAUAUUCCUGAACACAUUUUGCUCCAUAUUUGCUUUAUUUUAAAACUGCAGUGAAAUAAGUUGAAGGAAAAAUUUUGAUGCAAUGCAAGUAUGAAUGGAUGAGCUUCUUUUCAUCUGAUUGCGACAUGAUUUGGCCCUUAUGGUUGAGGCGGUGUAGAUUUUAAAUUUACUUUGUUUUACUCAGUCAAAACGCACAGAGUCAGAUGAAGGGAUUGAAAACAUGAGUACGAGGAUAAAGGCAGUGUGGCUGGAACGUCUAAGAUGCCAAUGUGCUUGUCUGGAGCUGAGCAGCUUUGCUCCUUUCUGUCAGCAUCACCCAGCAGUGACCAUUUCUGCUCUCAACUUGUACCAAGUGCAUUUAGUACCACUGUCCAUUCUUAACAUUUGUAUGAAUUUAUUUGAUAAGUUUUGAAAUUAAAUGUGAUCCUGACAUCGAACUUUUGAAA